GUAUUGGUAGUUGUUGUUAUUUAUAUUUAUUUGUGUGACCUGUUUUUUGUUGUUGUUAUUUACCAACAAACAAAUAAUAGAAAUUGGACUUUGUAUUUUUAUAUUGUUUACUGCAAAUUUUUGCUUAUAGCUGCAGACAGUUUAAUUUUAAGUUACAAAGUGUUAAAAGCAAUAUUUAUAGGAACAAUGGUACGUGGUCAAUUGUAUGCCUCCAGCAAAAUGUUGGGUAUUUCUAAACCUUUGCCAGUUUUACUGAGAUCAAUGGCUACUCAAUCAUCUAGUCAUUCGGAUUCUUAUCAAUACUUACAACGCUCGAAAUUGCCUACACUUUAUUUUCAAAAAUCUUUGCCACGUCUACCCAUUCCCUUGGUUGACAAGACUUGUGAACGUUUUUUGGCCGCUGUACAACCCAUCACCAGCGUGGAUGAAUUUAAAGAAACGCAACAGGUUGUGGAAAAGUUUCGUAUGCAUGAGGCAGCUGAUUUGAAUGCUCUGCUAAAGAUAAAGGAUGAGGCCAAUAAACACACCAGUUAUAUAUCAGAACCCUGGUUCGAUAUGUACUUGAGAGAUCGUGUUCCCUUACCUCUAAACUACAAUCCCUUGCUGGUGAUGAAAAACGAUUCACGUCCACAAUAUCAACAUCAAACAGUACGUGCCGCCAAUCUUAUCAUUUCAUCUUUACGUUUUUGGCGUUCCCUGCAAGAUGGUGUUCUUGAACCCGAAGUUUUCCAUUUAAAUCCCAAAAAGACUGAUAACGAAAAAUACCGCCGUUGGAUGCGUAUAGCACCUACAAUUAUAGCCACUUAUGCCUCAUAUGCCUUUAAGGCGUUUCCACUCGAUAUGAGUCAAUAUGAACGUUUGUUUGGUACUUCACGUAUACCGGAGUUCGAAAAAGAUCGUUUAGUACAAACGCCCAAUUCUAAACAUAUAAUGGUUAUGCGUCGUGGUAAUAUUUAUGCUGUAGAUGUACUCGAUGCCAAUGGUAAUAUAGAGCCGGCUAAGGAAAUAUUGGCUCGUCUAAAUGCAGUCAUAAAGUUAGAUGAAAGUAAAACGGCGGCUGAAGUUCCUUUGGGAGUUCUUACUGCUGAUGAACGUAAUGAAUGGGCUGCCAUAAGGCAACAUAUUGUUAGCAAUAGUGUGAAUAAUUCUUUAUUGACGGAGCAUUUGGAUAAGGCUUUAUUUUGUGUUUGCUUGGAUACACAGGAAGAUCCAGUGUAUAAGGAAAAUAACCCUGUUCCGGUUUUAAAGCAUUUAUUGGCUGGAAAGGGAACUAACAGGUAAGUUAUCUAUUGGAUU